AGUGCCAAUUGUGUAUUCUAAUGUUGAAAAGUAUUGCUAUGAAAAUUUUGCUAUAGGAACAGUGGACAAAUUUACAGUUUAAGCGAUCAUUAUACAGAGAUAUUUGACUGUUAAAACUGUGAUUGGGCAAUCGGAACCAUGUUUUCCAGAGAUAUAAAUCUAAAAUAUUUUCCCCUGCACAGCACUACUUAUUUCUGUCAUUCUCUCUUCCUGUCUCCUUUCUCUUGUUCUUUCUUUCAAGAAGUUCUUUCACACUCAUGAGACACCUAGUUUUGCUUGCAAACCUCCGCCCCUCUUACUUCACAUAACCCCAUCUGGCCCACAGCUGAAAACUAUUAAGCACUGCUGGAACUUCCUCCUUAGUAUCCCAGCUUGUGUGAAAGCGAAUAAGUCGCCCGGCUCUACAUUUCACCCAUCUUUUCGCUUUCGUCUAAAGGUGCUCUCCACUGGUUUUCUCAUUCGGUUCAUCUUUGGCAGAAGACACUGGCUGGUGCUUUGGAAAUCUCCUCUUAUUAUUGGUAGAGGUGGCACAUUCCAGGAAAUUGCAGCUGAGACAGAGCGUUUUCAAGCAUGAACCGGGCAUUUAACAGAAAAAAAGAUAAAUCAUGGAUGCACACUCCAGAAGCUCUGGCCAAGCAUUUUAUACCAUACAAUGCCAAGUUUCUGGGGAAUACAGAAGUUGAUCAACCCAAAGGUACGGAGGUGGUGAAAGAUGCUGUCAGAAAGCUCAAGUUUCAGAGACAUAUUAAGAAGUCAGAGGGACAGAAGAUCCCAAAAGUGGAAUUACAGAUCUCCAUCUACGGAGUAAAAAUAUUAGAUCCUAAAUCAAAAGAAGUACAGUACAACUGUCAGUUGCACCGGAUAUCCUUCUGUGCAGAUGAUAAGACAGACAAAAGGAUAUUCACAUUCAUUUGUAAAGAUUCAGAGUCCAACAAACAUCUCUGCUAUGUGUUUGACAGUGAAAAAUGUGCAGAAGAGAUAACUUUGACCAUUGGCCAAGCGUUUGACUUGGCAUACAAGAAGUUUCUGGAGUCCGGGGGAAAAGACGUAGAGACUAGGAAACAGAUAGGUGGCCUACAGAAAAGAAUUCAAGAUCUUGAAGCUGAAAAUUCCGAGUUGAAGAAGCAGUUGCAAGUCUUAGAGGAACAGCUGAUGAUUGCUCAAGUUCCUCCUCUUCUUCACAUUAACUCUUCUAAUGAGGCCUAUAUGCUUCAGAGACCCUCAUCUCUCUUCUGGUGUCACAACGUGACUUCAUUCUCUUGCCUCGAAAUUUCUUCUGUUACACUAACGCCAAUGAGCUCACCUGACUCUAACCUUUCUGCUGGUCUUCUGACUCCUCCACCUGCUAAACCAGCUUUGUCGAAGCCUCCCAGUGGAGCCAGUGUUCCUCACCCUCCUGGAAGCAGCAUGUCCUCGAAGACGCCCACUGACAUAUUUGACAUGGUUCCAUUUUCUCCAAUGACCCCAUUGGUUCCAUUACCAGCAAGUAAUGGCUCGGCCCCUCCACCCCCUGCAAGACCUACAGAAAUUAGCAGAGACCUGUUUGGUGCAGAGCCAUUUGACCCUUUCACCUGCGGGGCAGCUGACUUUCCUCCUGACAUCCAGUCCAAGCUGGAUGAAAUGCAGGAGGGGUUCAAAAUGGGACUAACAGUAGAGGGCACUGUCUUUUCCCUCGAUCCACUAGAAGGUCGCUGCUGAUGCCAAGAAGAAAGUUUUGUCACUUUCAUGUUAAACCAUUUGUAUUAAAGUGCCAAACUCGGGUUUACAGUCAAGAUGUCAAUGUCUUAUCUUACGUUUUUAUGUAUUUGCAUUAUGAAUUUGGUUUACAAAAAGUAUAUUGAGAAAUCUGAAGCAGUAGAUCACUAUUUUUGUAAGAACUAAAAAAAAAAAACCUAGUAGUGUAGUUUUAACACCCCUUGCUUGUACAGGCAAUGAAGGAUGUUGGAAGUAUGUCCAACUGCACAGUCUGUGUCGAAGUUUCAUAUUUGUUAUCAAAGGCAAAUACUUUAAGCUUAUGUUACACAUACAAGCUACUGUUUUUAAUCUGUACGGCAUAUUACAAAUCAUAAACACAUACAACAUUAUCAUAAUAGAGAGUUCUCUUUACGUUAUUUUUUAACUUUAUUUUUACCACUUAAUGAGGUACCAUACAUCAUAAUAACAUUCCAUUUGUCAAAUCUCAAAUCUCAUGUAAAAUUAUGAUAUUGUUUUUGUUAAUAGCAAUGGAUCCAUUAAAAUGCAGUAUUUUUUUUAACUGAACAGCAGUUAAAUUGUAGGACUGGACUAUUUCCACAUUAACAUGUACUUGUAUUGCAGUUUAAUUUUAUAUGAUAUAUUUUAGUAUACUCUUGCACAAGGAAGCACUUUGAAAGAGCUCUGUUCAUGUAUUAUUGUUAACUCAGCAUUAUUUUAGCCUUUGCUGUUGUAGUCAUUAAAAGAAAACGGUACAUAUUCUCUGUGUAAGUCAUGUUUUGGAUCAUGUCUUUCUUAGACCUUAACCUGCAUUAAAUAAGAGACAGUGUGUGAUUUAUUUAUGUAAAUUUUAUUUAUUUUAUUUUUUUGGCUCAACAAAUCUUCACGCACAUGCUUUAGUGUUUAAGUAAUUUAUUUCAAGUCGCAAAUAAUGUAUUGAAAAUACAAUGUCAAGAGAUACAGUAAAAUGGUCAUUAUGUACUUGAGUGCCAUUAAUUUACCAUUAAAUUAAACGUUUUUAAAUUUACUCUUAAAAUUAGUAUAAAAGCUAAAAAUGUUAGUUUUUCACACUUUAUUUCAUAAUGAUGAUUCAAAAUGUAUUUUGGCUCAAUCAUGUAAUCUUCUGUGUACUGUUCAUAAGUGUGUCUUUCUGAAGAGCACCGCAUCUUGGAGUGCGUUACAUCAUUCUUCUCUCAUCGCUGCUCUGGUAGCUGCUCUUUCCCAUCCUUUGUAUGUUCAACAAAAGUGUUUUUGCUUUCAUAGUAGAGCUGUUCCUAGAUGUGUCAUAUUUCAAUCAGUGCAAUUGUUGUAGAAACCUGUAGAAAGCCUGUCUGAGGAACAUGUAUACAAGGCAUGAUAA